AUGACGGCAACAGGGAGCAGACGAGACGACGACGACGCCACAGAGCAGCUCGUGACUUCAAACACUAACACCACGACCACCGUCAUGGUUUCAGAGAGCAGCAGGAGUGGGAGUCGGGGCAGCGGCAGUAUAGGCGGCGUCAUCGCUGGCCAGAUUGAUGCGUCGCGCAACCGCUUUCCAUUUUGCGUUGUCUGGACCCCUCUUCCCCUCAUUUCAUGGAUCUUGCCGUUCAUUGGGCAUGUUGGCAUUGCGUCGUCGAACGGCGUUAUCUACGACUUUGCUGGCCCAUACUUUGUCUCGGUCGACAACAUGGCAUUUGGCAGGCCUACAAAGUACUGGCAGCUCGACCCGAAGCGGGCAUCGUCAGACUGGGACUCUGCUGUCAUCAGCGGCUCUGAGGAGUACAGAAAGCACAUGCACAACUUGUUCUGUGACAACUGCCACAGUCACGUGGCGUUGUGCCUGAACAACAUGGCCUAUGGAGGCAAGCGCAACUGGACCAUGGUCUCUGUUGCCUUGCAUCUCGUCUUGCACUCACACUAUGUCAGCUUUGGGCGGUUCCUCUUGACGUAUCUGCCGUUCCUCGUCAUCGUCACCAUGGUUGUCCUGUUGGUCCUCUUCGCAUGAGCACACGCACACACACACACACAUACACACACACAUACACAUACACACGGCGGCGCUGUCAUCCCCACAUGCGGGCUUGCUUGCAUGGCAGCUUGCCAUUGCGCUGUGUCCAUCCCUCCUUUGGUCAUGGACUUUCCUUCUUUCCUUCGCUUCCUUCUUCCUUCCCUCAGUUACACCCUUAUGUUAACGCCCCACGCUCUUGCACAAGGUGCUUCCCUCUCCGUCUCUGCCCUGUCUCCCAUGCCUUGUACACAUGCAUGCGCACGCACUCGCACUCGCACAUGCCCACGCCCACAAGAGAGAGUGGCAUUCACACAGUGUCAGCGCACGAACAACCAAAGAAAAAAAAAGUUGGGAGGACUGAGGGACUCAGCGUCCAGCGGUCGCAGGUGUUUGUGUGUGUGC